AUGAAAACAACUAGAACCAUCGGACGAAGCCUGAAAUUCUGCAAAAGCCUGCUCACAAAACACAACAUUAUCACUGAUUAGUGAUGACUGAGGAGGCAUGGCGGCCAACGUCUCUCACCUUCCCGCAUUCCUCUCCCUCUUUUCUCAGAAUCUCGUCUUCUCCGACCCCAAAUACCACCCUAAGCAGCUGAGAUGGGCCGCCCAACAACAACGCUUACCUCCACCACACUUCACUGUUCGUGCCUCUUCAGUGAAGAAGAAGACCAGUCGAAAGGUGAAGAGCAAUGAGGAGCUCUGCAAUGAGCUCCGGGAGUUUCUUACUGCGGUUGGACUUCCAAAAGAUCACGUGCCCUCCUUGAAAGACUUCUCGCAGCACGGAAGGAAUGACCUUGCAAACAUUGUCAGACGGAGAGGAUAUAAACUUAUAAGAAAGCUUCUUGCGGACUCAACAAAAACAGAUAUAAAUGGUAAUGUGGAUAAUGGCGUGGCUGGAAUACAGGAUGCAACCAAUGAUCCUAAAGUAAUAAUAACAGGUCAGGAUCAAGAGAUGAAUGAUGUCAUUGAGGAUUUCUCGUUGUUGAGUGAAGUUUCAACGUUGGAAAUCAGUUCUGGUAGUUUGAUUACCGAUCCAGAUCCAAACCAUGAUGACAGUGGUCAUGCACCUGUGGAAUCUUCAGUCGAUUUGGAUAAUUUAGAAGGUCAUAGUGAGCAGGUGAAUAAUGUGGAUGGAUAUGUUUACGUGUCAACCAGUGUUCCAGUUAUGGAAAAUCAUAGUAAUAUGCCUUUAGGAAUUUCCUCCGAUUCAUCCUUGCCAGCCACUGUUCCUGUCAAAGAAAAUGAUUCUUUUGGUUCAGAUGUUGGUUCGAAUCUGAACUCUGGUGGACAUCCUAGCAUGCCUGUAGAAUUUGUGGCUGGUUUGUCAUCGGAUGGAAAGGUCAGAGGUCAGGAUGUGAAGCUUGAUAAUAUGGCUGAAGAAUAUUCCUCGUUGACCGAAGUUUCAGUUGCAGAAGACCAUUCUAGUUGUUCAAAUAUUGAACCAACUCACAACUGUGAUCACCAUAGUGAUGCACCUUUAGAAUCUCCAAGCAAUUCGUCCUUGGAUGAAAAGGUGGCAAAAUUUAUGCAGAAUGGAGACCUGGAUACAGUUGAAGAUAAAAUCUAUGGCAUAUUAAUUGGUAAUGAGGCUGAAAAUAUCAAUGAAGAGAGUAAAUUUGGAAACACUGAAGAGGUUCAAAUAAGAAUUCCUGCUUCAGAGCACUCAAAAUCUGCACUUGAUGGAAGUGAUGCAACUUUGGCAUUGAAUCAGAGGACAUCAGCAUCCAAGCAACUUUUGCCUUCUACGACAGUCGAUGCCUCUCUUAGUAGGGAUGACAGUUCAUCAGCUGAAGGGAUAAGUUCUCUAUCUGGAAAGGCUUCAGAUGUUAAGACAAGUGAACGGGAGGAUCAACUUGAUAUUAGUAAUCUCAAAUUCAUGCUGCAUCAGAAGGAGAUGGAAUUGUGUCGGUUGAAAGAACAGAUUGAGAAGGAAAAGCUUGCUUUGUCAAAGUUGCAAACCAAUGCUGAAACAGCAAUCAGCAAAGCGCAAAAGCUCGUCUCCGAUAAAGAUGCAGAGUUACUAGCUGCUGAAGAAAGCCUUUCAGGACUAGUGGAGGUUGAGAUACAGUACCGUGGGGAUGGUGAGAUUGUGGAGGUGACUGGUAGCUUCAAUGGUUGGCAUCAUCAGAUUGAAAUGGAUCCACAACCAUCAUCUAGUAUCAUAGGCCCCACUGGAUCAAGGAAAACCAGACUUUGGUCAACAAGGCUAUGGCUUUAUCCAGGGAUAUAUGAGAUAAAAUUCAUUGUUGAUGGCCAAUGGAAGAUUGAUCCUCAAAGAGAGUCGGUUACCAGGGGUACCAUAUGCAACAACAUUCUCCAAGUCGACAGAUGAAGGAUUUGGCAGGGGGGGCGACUACCUAUCACUGACAAGGAGCAAAAGUAUCUACCAAUUAUUCGGCCUGUUGUUAGGUUAUAGAGGCAAAAUUGAAGUUGAAGCAGUCUGAGCCUAUGCCAUCGGGCCAAGAAAGUGAAUUGAAGACCACGUACACGCAGGAGACGAGGCAGGCAAAAUCAAGAGUC